AUGGCCCCGGGACUUUCAAACUGGGGUGGCAACUUGCGGUACAGUGCGCACACGCUUCACGAGCCCGCCAGCAUCAGCGAGGUGCAAGCCGUUGUGAGGCGGGCCCACAGAAUCCGUGCAUUGGGAUCACGCCACAGUUUCAAUCAGAUCGCGGACUCGUCGGAGCUGAUCUCCCUUCGCAGGUUAAAAGCCGUCCACAUUGAUGUUCCAAAUUGCCGUGUGACGCUUCAAGCUGGAGUCACUUACGAUCAGCUCUGUCCGCUACUACAUGAAAAGGGCCUGGCCUUGCACAAUCUGGCAUCUCUACCACACAUAUCCGUCUGCGGGGCAAUUGCAACUGCGACUCAUGGCUCGGGGCAAGGUAGCGGCAAUCUUGCCAUAGCUGUUUGUGGCCUGCAGGUUGUCACUGCAUCCGGGCAGCUCUGGGAGAUCCAGGAUGCCCAAGGGCUUCGGCCAGCGGUGGUAGGGUUGGGCUGCCUCGGCAUAGUGACGGAGGUAUCGUUGCGAUUGCAACCCGCGUUCUGCAUGCGGCAGCGGUGCUUCGAAGGGCUGCAGCUCAGAUCAAUCUCUUCACAGGAGCCAUUGGAUGCCAUACUUGGCGUAGCGUAUUCAGUCAGUGUGUGGACGCAGUGGCUUCCACCAGGACCGACCAUGAAGUUCAACGUGUGGGUGAAAGAUCGCCUCUCGCAUGGAACAGAUGAUGGGCCUCUCUGCAAGGCCCUUCGGAACGGCACGUCCGUCCUAAGCACCUGUGUGGAGUGCCAAGAGCAGCAGCACCCUGUGACAGGCAUGGAUGCGACUGCGUGCACCGAGCAAGGUCAACCAGGUCCCUGGCACCAGCGGCUUCCGCAUUUCAAGGCUGAUCGUGUGCCCAGUGCUGGUGAGGAGCUACAGUCGGAAUACUUCGUGGCCCGCAAGUAUGCUGCAGAAGCACUGCUGGCUUUGGCGGCGAUUUCGAGUAGGUUUCGGCCCUUUGUGUUGUGCUCAGAGAUCCGAGCAGUGGCAGCCGAUGACUUGCUCUUGAGCCCUCAUUCAAGCCGCUACGUUGGAGGAGACGGGAGCGUGGGCUUUCAUUUCACGUGGACCCUGAAGCAGCAUGAGGUCAUGUCGCUGGCGCUGCCAGCAGUGGAAGCGGCGCUUGAACCUUUCCAAGCCCGGCCACACUGGGGUAAGCUUUUCGUCAUGCCACGCGAGCGUCUUGAGUCACUUUACGGCCCGGCGUUUGCCGAGUUUCGUGCUGUUGCAAAGAAAGCUGAUCCGAAGGGAAAGUUUUGCAACGAGCCACUGGGCAGCCUGAGUGUGGGUGCGCCAGACGAUUGGCAAUUAUGUUGCGGACGGAAUGCCGAAAUCGGCCCUUUGAUCAGAGGCACAGGCGAGAUUCCAGAAAAGGCUGCGCCUCUGGCCGACAAAGGUGUUGAGCAGGAGGUUUUGGAAUACUUGACGGCUUCUGCUGUUGACCUGCUUCAGGAUGCCUCGAAGCGUACGGAGGUUGCUGAGGAGUUAGAACAAUCAGUGGCGCCUCACUUGGAGGCUGCCGGCUUUGAGGAAGACAUCGGUGCCUUCCUCAAUGGUUUAUUGGACAGGAUUUUUCCAGAGAAGCACGCAGCCAAAGAGGCUGCCUCUACUUCAAAAUCUGAUAAGGAUUUGGUUUGCUGCAUUCCGAACUUGAUCUUAAUGUAUGGAGGUAGUGUCAAGCCGUUGCUGAGCAACACGCGUUUUGAGCUCCGACGUGGCCGCCGCUAUGGCAUUGUUGGCCAGAACGGGGCAGGCAAGACAACUUUGAUGUCAAGGGUUGCUGUGGGCGACUUGCCUGGCAUGGAGCAGCUCAAGUGCUACCACUUGGAGCAUGAGGGCAUACUGGACAACAUAGACAGGAAGACUUCGUGCAGUGAGUUUGUGAAGCUGAAGUGCGAAGGUAUAGAUAGCCAUUCCACAGACAAGUAUCUCCAUGACGUGGGCUUCGACUCAGACAUGUUCAGCAAGCAGGUGGGCGAGUUGAGUGGAGGUUGGAAGAUGCGUCUCGCGUUGGCCUGUGCAGUGGCCCAGGGUGCGGAUGUGUUCCUGCUUGAUGAGCCGACAAAUCACUUAGAUUCCGUUGCUGUGAAAUGGCUCCAAUCGUACUUGGUAUCGCAGGGCAAGAGGAUAACUGCUAUGAUCAUCUCGCACGAUGCUGGCUUCCUGAACCAUGCGUGCACAGACAUCGUACACUUCACAAAGGAGGGCAAGCUGGUCUACUAUGAGGGCAACUUCGACACCUUCAGGGAGAAGACGAAGUUGGAUGCCGAGGGCGCCAAAAGUGUGCUGACGGUUAGAGGCCACGAGGGUAAGACCGGGGAUGAUCAAGACAAGCCAGCUGAAAAGCAGUUGGGCGUUCUGCCUGCGGAUGGAGAUGAGGAUGGCAUGAGGUUUCCCAUGCCAGGUAAGAUUGAGGGCCUGGGUACAGCCAGCAAGCCAGUGGCGACAGUCACGAACUUAAACUUCAAGUACUUCGAGGAUGCUCCGCUCGUGUUGAAAGGCGUUACUGUGCGGCUGACCAUGGGCAGUCGCAUUGGAGUGGUCGGCAGAAAUGGUGCCGGCAAGUCAACGCUAUUGAACCUCCUCGCUGGCGAGCUCCUCCCACCCGAAGACGAAUCGGGGGAAGUCAGUGCAGUUUGGAGGCACAGAAACCUUCGCCUUGCCUACAUUGCCCAGCACCACUUUUUCCACCUGUCGGAGUUCCUCAAAAGUACGCCUCUGCAUUACUUCCAGACGCGCUUCAGGCAGGGCUAUGACGAGGAGACUCAGCGAAGGCUGACGUUGCCACAGAGUGAGGAAGAGGCUCAGUACCGGAAGGACAUGGGGGCAAAGCACGGCAAGCGCGGCAAAGAAGUCGAGGCGCUGUUGUCAAGGCAGAAGAGAGGGCGGCAGAUCCUGUAUGAGGUGAAGUGGAAAGGUUUGGAUGAUGCCAAGCAGAACACGUACGAGCCCCUCACCAAGCUGCGGCUGCUAGGAGUUGAGAAGAUGUGUGCAGCUCUUGAUGACAGAAUAGCGUGUGCCGAGACAGCGCUGCGACCGCUGAGUACUCGGGAGAUUGUUAAACAUUUAGAGCCAUUCGGGAUUACCGAGAACAUGACAUGCCAUCGGAUGAUCGAAGGUUUCUCUGCCGGGCAGAAGAGCAAGCUCAUGAUGGCGGCAGCAAUGUGGACAAAGCCGCAUGUCAUAGCCUUUGACGAGCCAACGAACUAUUUAGACUUUCAGACCGUGAGCUCACUUGCAAAAGCAAUCAAGCUCUUCAAGGGUGGGACGAUUGUCGUCACGCACAAUGCGGAGUUUCUGCAAGAGACGUGUGAUGAAAUUUGGCACGUGGAAGAUGGCCGUGUGACGAUUGAAGGCAAGGACGGCGCCCUGAAAAGCCUUGCAGCUAAGAACGCUGCUGCAAAAGCCGAGAAGGCGAAGCAAAAGAUGGAAGCUGCACGAGUCAAGGAGGAAAAGGCAGCUUCGGGGCCCUCUGAAGCAGAGAACGCGCUCCAAGUAUAUCUACAAGCCCGACAAAAGCUGGGAGCGCCAAAGGCUGACAUCAAGCUGAACAGCAUUGACCUUCGGUCGCUGGAUGGGUCUGAACUUCUUCUCGGCACGGACCUCACCCUGAACCAGGGCCGGCGUUAUGGCUUGAUCGGGCGCAACGGAGCCGGGAAGAGCACACUGCUGCGAGAGAUUGCAUACUACAAGUUCGACAAGUUCCCAAAGAAUCUCAAGGUGUUGAUGGUGGAGCAGGAGGUGGUUGGAGAUGACCGAAAGCCUGUGGAAUGGGUCCUUCACAGUGACGUAGAGAGGAGGCUUUUGCUGCAGGAGCAGAAACUUCUCCAAGAAAAAGAUGCCAAGGAUCCGGCAGACUCGGAACGUCUGAAGCAGAUUGCAGAUAGGCUGCAGGAGAUUGGCUCCGACGAUGCUGAGCCACGCGCUGCAAAAAUCUUGCGAGGACUUCAGUUCACAGAUGAGCUGCUGGACACACCAACAUCUGCAUUGUCCGGUGGAUGGCGGAUGCGCGUUUCAUUGGCGUCUGCGCUUUUUGCACAGCCUGAACUGCUUCUCCUGGACGAACCGACCAACCAUCUGGACUUUCCCGCUGUUAUCUACUUGCAGGACUAUUUGCUCUCAUGCAAGAACACUUGUCUGAUCGUCUCCCAUGACCGUGGCUUCUUGAACACCGUGUGCUCGGACAUCAUCUUGCUAAAUGGCAAAAGGCUGGCGUACUACAAGGGCGACUACGAUGCAUAUGUGCAGACGGUCAAGGAAACUCGCCUGGCUCAGCAGCGGGCAUAUGAUGCACAGCAGAAGGAGAUUUCUCACAUUCUGGAAUUCAUCAACAAGCAUGACGAGCGUCCCAAGAUUGUGGCACAGAAGGCCAGCAAGCAAAAGAUGUUAGACAAAAUGGAGAAGAUCGAAGACCCAGCAAUCACCUUCAAUGAUGCCGCAUCUCUUUCUAUCCGGUUCCCUGAACCCGGCCAGCUGCCAAAGAAUCAGCUCAUUCAGUUUGACAACAUGAGCUUCGCCUACGCGGGAAAGGCCCCACUUUUCGAGAAUGCCACUGCCAACCUGGAUAUUUCUGGACGCAUCGGAAUUUUGGGAGCCAAUGGCGCUGGCAAAAGCACCUUGCUCAAAGUGAUGCAAAAGAAGCUGAUUCCAACAGCGGGGCAGAUCGACAUCAACCGAAAUGCCAGGAUAGGUACCUUUGCUCAACAUCACGUGGACUCACUGGACCUUGACGCGAACUGUGUUGACUGCGUCCAAGCAAGUUUCCCGGGCAUUACGGACCAGGAGGCUCGAAGUGUCCUGGGACGCUUUGGCAUCAGUGGUGACAUGGCCCUUAGAAGAAUCAAGACGCUUUCUGGCGGACAGAAGAGCCGCGUGGCUCUGGCCAUUGUUACAUAUCGCCAGCCGCAUCUCAUCUACUUGGAUGAGCCCACAAAUCACCUGGACAUGGAGACCAUCGAUGCGCUCAUCGAUGCCAUCAAAGAGUUUCAUGGUGCCGUGGUGAUGGUAAGCCACGACCAGUACUUUCUCUCGCAAGUGGCCACUGAGUUCUGGUCAGUAGCCGGUGGCAAACUAUCUGUGUACCGUGAUCUUACAUCGGCGAAAGCUGCAACAUACGGCUGA